AAAAUAUAGCAGUCUUCAUAUGGGAUAAUGUUAAGGAGAAUUUACCUAAAGGUAAUUAUGAAUUGUAUGAAGUCAAAAUUCAUGAAACUAAAGAUAAUACUGUCAUAUAUCGAGGAGAAUGA